CUGUCUGUGAUGUGAAACAAGUUCAUGUGGAAGUGUAUAUAGUGCUUGUGCUUUUUAAAAACGUGUGUGAGGAUACUAAUCUGUUUAGUUAAUAUUAGUAAACAUAGAAUUGAAUUUGGGAGGUUAUAGUGCGCUUUAGUGAUGUUAAAAGUAGUCAAAUACACAUUUUCAUUUGUUUAUGUUGAAUAAGUAGAAAGUAUGGAAUUGACAGAUUCAUUGAAUGCUUCGUUGCCUGUAUCCAGUCAAAGUAAUCUGAACUCACCACAUCCAAGAUUUGCACAAUAUAAAGUUCGUAAUAAUGUGCCAGACCAAUAUGAAAGAAGAAGGCGGCUACUUGAAGAACAGAAACAGAAACGAUGUGAAACGUUUAAUGCAAGCCGUGGGCUAAUUGAGGAACUGAAUGAUGUAACUGAGGAACAUGAUAUGGAAUGGACUGCAGUUAAGGCUAAGCCAAGGCAGUGUAGAGUUUAUAGAGGUCGACUGAUGUUGUCUGAAUGGUUGGUACAUGUACCAGAGGAUCUAGCAGAACUGUGGUACUUGGUUCCAUGUCCAGAGGGCCGCAGAACUUUGGUUGUGGCUACUGGAGGGAACACACGAGCGUAUUCAAAGAGUGGUUAUCACUUGGCAACAUUCCAAAGCAUCCUUCCAGGUGGCAACCAUGAUGAUUUUAAAGGAUACACCAUACUUGAUUGUAUCUGGAAUGUUGCCAAUUACAGCUACUAUGUGUUAGAUGUAUUAGCAUGGAGUAACCAGCCAAUGCUUGACUGUGAGACAGAAUUUCGAUUCUACUGGCUGAAGUCAAAGAUGGAAGAAACAUCGUGUCUCUCCAGACGUUCAAAUGACAAUGCUUUUCCCUUUGUCUCACUUCCAUAUCAUCACUGUAAUGUCUCCAUAAUGACAAAUAUCAUGGCCACAGAGCACCUGUUUGGACAGGAUGGACCUGCUCUAGACGGGUUACUCUUCUAUCACUCUCAGACGCAUUACAUUCCUGGGAAUACGCCAUUAGUCGGAUGGCUGAAGCCACACAUGAUGCCCGUUGUGCUGAAUGUGCCUGUAGCUCCAGUGUAUCUUCAGAAGAUGGAAAGCAACAAAAGAAGUGAGAAGAAAAAGAACAGGAGAUACUGCAAAUCAAAGGAUGUUGUUGGUUGUCAUGAUUCUAUGGCAGAAAUGGAGACAAAUAUUCUGGAUGAUACACAAGAUAGUAACAGUGAAUCUCAUGUAGAAGAGAUGGAAUCUGAAGACAAGACUGAAUAACCAGAAGCUUCUGCAUCAUAGAAAGUAGCCAACAUUCAUCAAAUGUGAUGUAUUUUAAUUAUAAAGUUUUAUCUUUAUUGAUGAGAGAUUUUCGAUCAAACACACAACAAAUGUGUUUUGUUUAACAUGGAUACAAAAAUAUAUUUCAUGUUCCAACUUGUAUCAAAAUCAUUUUAGGCUAUUUUAUGUACUUGGAAUAAAAGAUUAAAUCUGUUAUACAGAUUAUCAGUAAGACAUGUUUGUCAUUCUUGCAAUUUAAACAGCAUCUUAAAUAAUGGCAUUCUAAAUUUUAAAUUGCAAGUGACCAUUAGAUUAGAUUGUACUUUUGUUGUGUGUUUGGCAGAAAUAAUCUCUCGUGGAUAUAAUGGUAAAGUUCCAUAUUUGGUACACUGCAGUCAAGUUUAGCCACAUGUGAGAAGAAAUAUUUUGCCACAACUUUGGUUGGAGUAUAUUGUGAGAGCAUAUUUUCAUGAUGACUCAGAAUACUAACUUUAAAUGGUUUAUGUCUGUACGGCGGAUAAAUGUCAUCCAUAUAAAAGAAUAUAAUUUAAGCCAUUAGGUUCCACUUGCAAUAAAGAUAAUUUUUUUAUUAUAAGUUUACAGAAAAUGGUUUGUCUAUAUUAAUGUUUUGUGGCAUUCAUAUCUCUUUAUUCUACACAAAUUACAGAAAUACCACUAACAUUUUGCUUCACAAGAUUUUCUUAACCUGUUGACGCGGAAAGUUUAAAUACCCAGCAUAUACCACUGUUGUGCUGUGAUGGCGGUAGUUUUUUUUAAAUGUCCAUUUAAA